AUGAUCGCCAAUCCCGCCGUACAAUACAGACAGAUCUCCAAUAGCAACGGAUUCUUGCUUCUGGGGACCGAUGGAUUGUUUGAUGGCAUGGAUUGUGAAUCUAUAUUUCAAAUGGUUAAAGGAUCCAAGCACCCCUCCGAGGCGGUUCGGCGAAUGGAAGUGGAGGCUGAGAUAG